AUGACUCAACGGGUUCAUUUGAACGGCGCUACGCCACAUGACUUGAGCAUCCACGGAAGUUUCACGAAAGGGAUAUAUCGCGAUGCAUACCCGACGAUAGAUCCGACUCGUCCAGAGCUCUCGCAGAAAGGGAUGGUUGUCAUGAUAACAGGAGCAUCCAAAGGCAUAGGGAGAGAUGCUCUCGCACCCGUCUUUGCUGUGGCGGGGGCGCGCGCAAUUAUCAUCACGGCUCGCAAAGCAACUAGCCUCGUGGACACGGUGGCAAACCUCAAAAGUAUCGACUCUUCUGUUGAAGUGCUAGCUCUCGACCUUGACAUAAGCAGAGAAUCAUCAAUAACUGCAGCCUUCAAGACCAUAUCAGAGCACUUUCCAGGCGGUGUUGACAUACUUGUCAGUAAUGCAGUUUCAAAAACGGCGGCUGAUCAAUGGAUUACUACCUGUGAUAUUGAGAAAUGUCCAAUACACUUUUACGCUUCAUUUCACACCACCAACACCCGUGGAUCUCUGCUGCUGACAAAAUAUUUCCUCACUCAACCCACCACCUCGAAGGAGAAGCCCCUAAAACGAAAGAUCGUCUAUGUCAGUUCGGGGAUAAGCUAUAUUGUCAACCCAGGUCAAUCCGCCGACUCUUUCUCCAAGCUUAUCAUCAACCAGUUGGCCGCGUACGCCCAUGCUGAGAGUAACGAAGAGAUCCAAGUGCAAGCCGUUGCUGUUCAUCCAGGUAUUUUUGUCACAGAUAUACUCGAGGAUAUAUACCGUUUCUACGCUGUGGACACCAACAAACUUGCCGGAGGCGUCAUCAACUGGGCUGCUAGCGAUGAGGCUGAGUUUAUGAGCGGAAGAUAUACAACUGCCAACGUAAGACUUUGCGUCAUUCCCCUGAUUCUGUGCUACCAAAAUUCGAGUCUAAGAGCAUACAUAGUGGGAUGUCAACGGAGAUUAUGGAACGAAAGCAAGAGAUCCUUGACAAAAAUCUUCUAA